UACUCCAAAUUCUAGAGCAGAAAUAUCUGCUUCUGCUCCUCCAUGCUUACAUAUACAUCUUGCUCAAACCAAGCAUACAAUCCAACAUUCCCAACUCUUCAUCUCUUGAAGAAAUCUAGAAACUCAAGAGAUGUAAACCAAAUUCAUGCCCGAAUUCUAACUACUGGGCUUAUAAAAAACUCAUCUUUAACAACAAAAAUCGUUCUCAAUUUUUCUUCAUCUUCUCAUAAACCAUUAGUUGAAUUCUCUCGUACCAUCUUCUUCUCUUCUCAACAAAGAAGAAAUCCAUUCCUUUGGAAUUUGAUUAUCAAGUCAUUUUCACAUGGAAACGACCCUGAGAAAGCAAUUCUUGUUUUCGUUUUAAUGCUUAAUCAAGGUGGUUUUGUGUACCCUGAUACUUUUUCUUUUUCGUUAGUUCUUAAAGCUUGUUCUCGUCUUGAAUUGUUGAAAGAAGGGUUACAGAUUCAUUGUUUGAUUGUGAAAAGUGAAUUUGGGGCUCAUGAUGUAUUUGUACAGAAUUCUUUGAUGAAUUUGUAUCUGAAAUGUGGGUGUAUUGAACUUGCUCGAUUGAUGUUUGAUAAAAUGCUUGAAAGAGAUUCAGUUUCUUGGAAUUUGAUUAUUGAUGGGUAUGUUAAGAAUGAUAUGAUGAAGAAUGCAGUUGAAGUGUUUCAUGGAAUGCCGAUAGAAGAUCAAAAUCUGAUAACUUGGAAUUCGAUUAUAAGUGGGUGUUCGAAAUUUGAAGAUGGGUUUGAGUUUGCUUGGGGUUUGUUUAAUAAGAUGCCUGAGCGAGAUUUGGUGUCUUGGAAUUCGAUGAUUAAUGGUUGCCUCAAGUGUGGGAAGCUUGGAAUUGCUAGUCAUUUGUUCAGUUUGAUGCCUGAGAGAGAUUCGAUUAGUUGGGCUAGUAUGUUAGAUGGGUACGCGAAAUCUGGUGACAUUGAUAAAGCUAGAAGUUUGUUCGAUGAAAUUCCGGAUUCUAGAAGAGAUACUGUAACUUGGAAUGCUAUGAUAGAUGGGUACAUUCAUAAUGGGUGUUCUAAAGAAGCCUUACAACUCUUUCAUGAAAUGUGGAAAGGAAGCAGUUCGGUACCUGAUCAAGCAACACUAGCUAUGGCUCUUUCGGCGAUUGCUGAAUUGGGGUACAUUAGUGAAGGAACAUUUAUACAUGAUUACAUUCGGAGAAAUGGAUUGGAUUUGAGUGGUAAACUAGGGGUUGCAGUCAUAGAUAUGUACUCAAAGUGUGGCAGCAUAAGCAAUGCUAUGUGGGUUUUCGAGAAUUUGGAAAGAAAGAAUGUCGAUCACUGGAACUCUAUGAUUAAUGGGCUCGCGAUUCAUGGAUUAGGUCAUUUGGCUUUUAAUCUUUUGAUGGAGAUGGAGAGGGUUUCGAUUAAGCCAGAUGAUAUUACAUUUAUUGGAGUUCUGAAUGCUUGUGCCCAUUCUGGUAUGGUUAAAGAAGGUAUGAUCUGUUUUGAACUAAUGAGAAGAGUCUGUAAUUUGACUCCAAAGCUGCAACAUUAUGGAUGCAUUGUUGAUCUUCUCGGCCGAGCAGCAUUUCUAAAAUGUGCCAGAAACUUUAUCGAGGUAAUGCCCAUUAAGCCAAAUGAUGUUAUAUGGAGAACCUUGCUUAGCUCUUGUAUGAAACAUGAAAACUUCGAAAUGGGUAUAGAGAUAGCUGAAAAUCUGAUCGAACUGGAUUCUAUGAAACCGAGUUCUUAUGUACUUUUGUCAAACAUAUACGCCGGAUUGGGGAUGUGGAGUGAUGUUAAUAGGGUUAGGAAGAUGAUGAAAGAUAGGGAUAUCAAGAAAGUUCCUGGUUGCAGUUGGAUUGAACUUGAGGGAAGUGUUCAUGAAUUUGUAAUUGGAGAUACAUCUCAUCCAGAAUUUGCAGAGAUUUACUCUGUUUUAGACAAGUUGUGCCCAUUCAAUUCAUAAAGUAAUUUCGCCUCUUAUACUCCGGUAGGCAGUCGAAACAGCAGUCUAUUACAGUGUACACCUCUAGUGAACUUGCAUUAUUGAUAAAUCAGAAAAGCUUACAGUACAUGAGUUCUCUUUAAC